GUUGCUUCUCUCAAACGUUCCUCUCCUCCUCUGUCUCUGACUCCCCCAUCUCUCCUCUCCAAGUGAGUUGCAGUUCGAGAGCUUCUUCACUUUAUUACUCUUCAUAGAUUACACCAACCAGACCCAGUUGGUAAACUUAUUGUUUGUGAAACAGUUUAGGAAAUCCUUAUGAAUCUGAGAGAUCCAAGAGCACAUUCGUGGGAUUUCAGUUUCGAUUCAAGCUUGAAAAAAAUCUGAGGUUGAAAUAUAAGGGGAAGAAAGAAAUGGGAUGCUCCACAUCAAAGCUAGAUGAUGAAGAGGCAGUUCAGCUUUGUAAAGAUCGUAAUCGAUUCAUUAAGCAAGCUGUAGAGCAAAGAGCUCGAUUUGCCACCGGUCACUUGGCCUAUAUUCAGUCCUUGAAAAGAGUUUCCGCGGCUCUUCGUGGGUAUAUUGAAGAAGAUAAGCCUCGUGAGUUCUUGUUAGAUUCGUUUAUGAAGCCACCAUUAACACCGGUAAAGAAAGCUAGUCCUGGUUUCAUAUCAGUUUCACCGAAAUCCUUCACAUUGGAACCAAUCCUAUCUCGGCCUAAUUCAACAUUGAGGGUGAAUUACCUUAGAUCAGGUGGGAAUCCGGCUGUUUCAGUUGAAGAAAGACCUCAGUCGCCGGAGAUUGUCCGAGUUGCAUCCUACUCUCCAAUGCAUCAGUACGGGGUUGAUAGUUUUUUCUCAACGCAAUCCCCACCAACGAGUUCUUCAUUUUUCUCUUACUCCCCCAACAAUCAGCCAAACAUCCCUCCUCCUUCACCUCAAAAUUCCCAGUGGGACUUCUUUUGGAAUCCAUUUUCAUCGUUAGAUUACUAUGGAUAUCCAACCCGAAGUAGUCUUGAUCAGGCAAAUGUAGAUGAUGAGAUCAGAGGACUAAGACAGGUUCGAGAAGAAGAAGGGAUUCCUGAUUUGGAAGAAGAUGAGACUGAACAAGAAGUUUCCGGUAACAGGAUUAAUGUGACAGAAGAAAGAGCGAAGAUUAACUCCAAUUACACUAGAGAAGACAGAGGAAAGUUUAAUUCCAAUUCCAAUUACAAUAGAGAAGAAGUAAUUGUAGAAGAUGUCGAUGAGGAAGAGGAAGAGGAGGAGGAGGAGGACACGGAUUGUGAAUGCCAUUGUGAUCAAGAGAUGAAUGAACUACACUCGCAUGGUAGAUCGACUGUAGAGAUCUCACAUGUUCAGAAUUCAGGACAGGCAAGCAAGCAAGAAACAACAGUCGAAAAGCAAGAACCUAAGGAAGAAACACCUGGCUUUACUGUUUACGUAAACAGAAGGCCAACCAGCAUGUCAGAGGUUAUUAAAGAUCUUGAAGCUCAGUUCACAAUAAUUUGCAAUUCAGCCAAUGAGGUCUCUUCAUUGUUGGAGGCUACCAGAGCUCAGUACUCAUCAACCUCAAAUGAGCUCACAGCCAUUAAAAUGCUGAAUCCAGUAACUCUGCUCCGAUCAGCCUCAUCUCGCUCAUCCUCAUCAAGGUUUCUGAUGAAUUCUUCAAGUUCUAGAGAUGAAGGCUAUGAAAGCAGUAGUGAUUUCUCAGAGGAAUCCUGCAUGUUUUCAGGUAGUCAUCAGUCCACAUUGGACAGACUAUAUGCGUGGGAGAAGAAACUCUACAAGGAAGUCAGGUCUGGAGAAAAGGUUCGGAUUGCAUAUGAGAAGAAAUGCAACCAACUCAAGAACCAGGAUAUCAAAGGAGUUGAUCCCUUUGCAGUUGAUAAAACGAGGGCAACAAUCAGAGACUUGCAUACACAGAUAAAGGUUUCAAUACACUCAGUUGAAGCUAUUUCAAAGAGGAUUGAAACUUUGAGGGAUGAAGAAUUGCAGCCCCAACUUCUAGAACUGGUUCAAGGGUUAACAAGGAUGUGGAAAGUGAUGGCAGAAUGCCACCAGUCACAAAAGCGAACCUUGGAUGAAGCUAAACUUUUACUCGCUGGAACACCUUCGAAGCUGGAUGCCCGGAGGCACUCUUACAUGUCAGACACUGACCCUGAAAGGCUGGCAAGAUCAGCUGCAAAUCUUGAGGCAGAACUCAGGAAUUGGAGAGGCUGUUUCGAGUCAUGGAUCACUGCUCAGCGAUCCUAUGUACACGCUCUAACUGGCUGGCUACUCAGAUGUGUAAGGUCUGAUCCUGACACAUCAAAGUUACCGCUCUCCCCUCGUCGGUCCACUUGUGCCCUCCCAAUAUUCGGACUUUGUAUUCAGUGGUCACGGCUGUUAGAUGCCAUCCGGGAAAAGCCAGUACUCGAUGGACUAGACUUUUUUGCAGCUGGUAUGGGUUCUCUGUAUGCACAGCAGCUCAGAGAUGAUUCUCGCCAGACCCCUUUUGGUUCAAAGAGAUUUGGAAUGCCGUCAUCAGAGGAAUCAGGUCACGAUAUGAAAAUGGUUGAGGUUGGCCAAGUAGAAGAGGUUAUGACUGCAGAGAAAAUGGCUGCAGUUGCCAUAAGGGUACUUUGUGCCGGAAUGUCUGUUGCGAUGGGCUCACUAACAGAAUUUUCGGUAGGUUCCGCUGAGGGAUAUACUGAACUUGUUAAACAAUGGGAGGGUACUAAUUGGCCAAAUAGUUCUAGGGAAUCUGAAAGUAGGUAGGUAGCUAAAUUCUUUUAUUUUGUAGUUUAGUUAUGGAUGUCAAUGUAAAUUAUAGGCUUAAUUUAACAUGACAAGGUAAUAGAGAAUUCUAUCCUGCUACUAGUUUGCAUCAUCUGGUUCCUGCUGUCCCUUGAUAACACGAUGCAAGCUUUGA